AACUUCUUCAAGUAUUCAUGGUCCAAGUAUAGCCAGCUCGCAACGAUACGCGAUCAUAGCAGGAUCACCGCGGGCGCGCAAGAGAAGCCGGAGGGGACCCGGGUGAACACGCCACGGUAUUGACAGGGAUAAAAUAACUAUCUACAGCAGCUACGACUCGGAACGGAGUGCGGUGGAAUAUCCAACUGGCGCCUCGCAAAGCCAAAAUGUCCCUUGUAACUACUGGCGAGCUUCUUUAUAUUCGGAACGUUUCCACAUGACCACUGCCAGUUAUUCAUGUCGUGAAAACCCGGAGGUGGAAUAUCUCGAUCUCGGUAUUCAUGAUGCGUACGGCGUGUAUGUGGCAGAUACGCAUAAUCAGCUCAGUAUCGUGACGGUGCCUCGCUUUAACCAUAUGUUUUACAUAUUUCAGGGGCUCGUGAAUGGAAUAUAACUGGUCCGGGUGAAGAGUGUGCCUAUGAUGCACCGAUAGCCGUCCAUACCGCCCACAAGCAGAAGGUAACUAUAUGGCAAAUCUUCUGAAACGAUAAGUACUGGUUUUGCGGAACGUGUCUUCCAUUCGUCGGUCAAAAAUUAUGCAGUAAAUAUGGUCAACACUAGGUUACAUUCUAUAAUUCAUAAUGAAGACCCUUUCGACAGAUACAGAUUGUUUAAUAGUCCGACAACGAUAACACCACUAUUUUUGGCAGUACUCAAGUUGCACUGCUCAUGGGUAUCCUAAC